AUGCCAGCCAUAACUUCAACGACACUAUCCCGAAGGGAUCUCAUGGACGAUAUGCACUCACAUGACAACAAUGCCUGGUCAAUACUUGCUAUCACAGGAUCCUGGUGUUUCCUGGCGGUCAUCAUCGUGGCCACGCGAGUAUACACACGACUAGUCAUGGUCAAGUACCUAGGCUGGGAUGAUAUCUUCGCGGUCAUAACAACGAUACUCGGUGUCGCCAUCUGGGGCUGCUUCGUUGGAGAAGCACGGUGGGCACUCGGAAAGCACUGGCAGGCGAUCACUCCGGAGAUGCUGGUGAUGUACAGCAAGUGGCAGUUUGCACAUGGUAUGCUCAUGGUGUGGGCCCUGCACGGAAUGAAGAUUGCCUUUGCGAUCUUCCUACUCCGACUCAGCAACGGCAGACUCUUCAGAAGAGCACUUUUCGCUGUCAUGUGCUUCAUGACCAUCUACACUACUGUUUCUUGGUUCACCAUCCUGUUCAGCUGUGCCCCGAUCUCGGCUGCUUGGACUGGCAGGAAUGGAAAAUGCAUCUCUCUAACAACCUACAGGGCCCUGGGCAUGACUUAUAGCAACGCUUUCCUGGCUUUGAUCCCAAUCUCGAUCAUCUCCGGCAUGCAACUGAACAUUCGCACCAAGAUCUGCCUGCUUCUUGCGUUUGGGGCGGGCUGUGCUGCAACAAUUUGUGGUGCUGUGAAAUCCUAUCAUCUCUGGCAUUACCUUGAAGACCGCGAUCGUCUUUACAACAACAGCUAUUUUGUCUGGGGAGCACUCGAACUCUACGUCGGAAUCAUUGCAACUUGCCUGAUCAGCUUGAAGCCUCUCAUCGCCUCUUUUCUCGACAAGGCAAAGUCAACACUGUUGACUUCUGCAGCGAUCGCAAAGUCAUUGCACCCCGGUUCGCCUGGACUACACUCUCCUCGCGAACAUUCGCCCAAGUUCGAUGAGAAGACCGGACAGCAGUUCAAUACCUACAACACUCAAAACUUCCCUCGAAUCGAAAUAUGCAGUGUCAGCAAGUACGAGAUGCCGGAUAUUCCGGUCACUUUUGAGCAGCCGAAGGUGUUCAGGUUUGAGACGCAGAACAUUGAAAUUCCAUCACCGCUUUCUUCGAAGCCAGCCAUCGCCCCGCCUCAAAAGUCGAAGAGAAAGCAUAGACCGGCACCUCUAAACACAGCAGCUCUGAGUCGAAGAACUUCUCUCGAAUUGACCUGUGCGAGAGGAGUUCUCACUUCACCUUCACCAACCUAUCUACCAUCAGCGAUCGAACUCGGCUUCCUGAACCUGGUCAAGGGAAGAGAUCCGGAGACUUUGUCUCAAGAACAGCGAAAUGAUGUUCAACCGUCAAACAGUAGAUUUUCUGCGUCAACAACCAGCGUCGAUUCUCCCGCUACAACGACAACAGCCAAUACGCCUCGCACCUCUCUAUCAGUGCCUAAUCACUGCGGUCUUCUCACAUCUCCUACUCCGACUUUUCUUCCUUCAGCAACAGGAACCGAUUUCGACUUCUUCAGCCUGAUUCGUUGUCGCGACCCCGAAGUCCUCGCCGCCAGUAAAUUCCCAUCCUCGCGUCGCGGUACUGUAGUUUCUAUUCCAGAGGAUGAAAGCAUCAACUUCCCAGUCUCUCGCCGUGCAACUCUGGCACACGCCCGCUAUCAAUCCAUAGACUUUAGCGAGACUACCACAGCGACGACACAAACAGUGCAACGCGUUGGUGCUGGCGAAGUACGACGAAGACCUAGCAUGGCUCCCUCAGCCAACUCUACAAGCUCUGCUUUCCUCUGUCCUCCGAUUCAUCCAGAAGAGUUCCGCGACAACCAAAUGUUCUUCCACGUCAUGAGCUCUGGCCAAUUCAGAAACACUGCUGAGACAGCCGCGAAGCAUCUAGAGGUCGAAGAAACGCCUGUGAGCCCACUGUCCUUGGAGCCGGCACAGAAGUUGGUUCUCAGAGAACAGCAUGGGUAUGGAUUCAGUCCCCUCUUUGAUGGCGGAUUUGCGGAUCUAGCAUCUCGGGAGAGAAUUGACUCUUCGCAUGCGGCUUCGAAGAAGGACGAAUAG